GCUAUACCAUCAUGGCUCUGCGUCUUUCUGAACUAGCAGUCCUGUUGAUUCUGAGUUCUAGAUAUCCCGACGUCUCUGGUGAGUUGCCAGAUUGCUUUAGUAAUCCUGUUGGUGUUGCAACUCCCAGUAUCAUCUUUGAUCGUCAGAUGACAGCAUCAUCCAGAAAUAGGCCGUCUACCAGGGCGGCUUAUGGUCGCCUCAAUGAUAAAAGAGGCGACGGUUGGUGUUCACUUGAGGCUAAAAGUAACGCUGAAUGGCUUCAGGUUGACAUCGGAAAAACAAUUCAGGCAUGUGGUCUCGCCACUCAGGGAGGCGUACCAAGCACGAGACGGGAAUGGGUAAAAGAUUUCAAGCUGGAUUACUCUUUUGAUGGAGAAAAUUGGAAGAAUUAUCGGGAUGAAAAUGGAGAAGUAAUGGUAUUUCGAAGGAUGGUUAACAGUUCCAAAACCAACCAACACAAGUUGCCACUGCCAGUAUAUGCAAGGUACUUCCGAUUUCUUCCUACACGGCGUCACGAAAGGAACUGCCUCAGAGUUGAGAUUUACGAAUUCAAAAUCCCAGGGUGCCAGGAUAUAGAGUUAGGACUUGGCAAUGGAUACUUCCUGGAUAGAGACAUCAGUUCGUCCUCUGUCCUAAAUACCAAUACACCUGCUAAGAACGGUCGAUUGAACUACACUGGUGGAUCAUCAUGGUGUGCAGCAACAAAUGACAGUCAGCCAUAUCUACAGUUUGACUUUGAGAAGCUUUAUAUCAUCUGUGCUGUGUCCACUCAGGGAAAUUCUCAAGGGGAUCAGUGGGUAAAGAAGUACACACUUCAGUCAUCCAAGGAUGGGACAACAUGGACAGACUAUCGAGAGGCAGGAAUAUUGAAGAUCUUCACCGCAAAUAUUAACCGAAACAACACAAAAAAACAAACUUUGUGCAACGGGAUUGUUGCUAGAUUUUUGCGUAUCAUUGCCCAAGAACACUACGGAAAUUGCUGUAUGAGGGUAGAGACAUUUGGAACACCGCUGACACAAGAUCUUGCCUUAAAUCAGUCUCUUAAGCAGUCUUCCACAUGGACUAACACUGUGUUAGAUGGAGAUAUUCGUUCCUGUGCUAAAGGCACAUUUCAGAAGGACCACUGGAUGAGAGUAGACCUAGGAGUACCGCGGGUAGUAGCUAAGGUCGUUAUUAGUCACAAGCGUAUGUGGAUUGAUGGCCUUGAAGUCUGGAUCGGUCAUGACAGUGGCAAUAGAGACAACACAAACUUGCGUUGUGGAGGACAGGAUACUUCCGAAACAGCUUUUUCGGUUAAAACAGCUUUCUCGUUAAAACAACGGACCAUUUUUUGUCUUCCUAGGCUUGUGGGAAAAUUUGUUUUUAUUGGAGUUUCCAACGCUGACAAAACUCUCUACCUAUGCGAGGUGCAGGUUUACUCUCAAAGCUCGACAAGAAUGGCUUGUCAGACACAGGCAGUUGAGGUGGCCAACAAAAACAUCUUCCCAGAAAAAAGUUUCUCAGCCUCAUCAUUCCGUGAAGGUGAUGAACCUUACAACGCGCGCCUACGGAGUGGCAUGGGUGCUUGGUCCCCCAGGGAUAAUAGCAAUGCUGAUGAUUAUGUGGAAAUUAAUCUUGGAAACGUGUUCUUCAUUUGCGCUGUGGCUACCCAAGGAAGUCCACAUCGCAAAGAAUGGACCAAAAGUUACAAGCUCUAUUUGUUCCUUGAGGAUUGGAUGAUCUAUAAAGAGAAUGACACGGAAAAGAUUUUCAUUGGCAACUCACACAGGAAUGAAAUAGUGCAACAUGUUCUGGUAGAGGUGGCAAGAGCUCGGAUCAUUCGGUUCCAGCCAGUUGACUAUCAUAUUCACAAAGCUCUUAGAGUAGAAGUGUAUGGAAUAAGAAUACCUGCAGGACCACCUGCACCUCCUAUCAUUGAAAACCAGGAGCAGGAAAUGUCGUAUCCUAAUUUGUCCAUAUCAUGGAGUUCUGGUGAUACUAGCGGCUGUCCAGUUACUAUGUACACAGUGUACUACAAGUCCAUCCAACGGCGAGAGGAGGAAAAUACUUGGAAUCGUAUCAGUGCCUCUUCGAGUACGAGAGAGCUAAGUGCCCUACCACUUGAUUGUGACACAGAAUAUGAAUUAAGAGUGUCUGCAUGGAAUGAACUGGGUGAAAGUAACCCUUCAGAGUCCUGGAAAGUGAAAUCCAUUACAGGGUACCCAGUCAUUGUCAACAGGACCAACCAAGUGGAAGGGAGUCUGGUGGCGAUCCGUUGGAAGCCAUGUACUGCUUCUUUAUUCACUAUAUGCCACAGAGAAAUACUUCCAGAGGGUAAAAGCCACUGGAACGCAGUGAACGUGUCGGGAAAUGAAACAAGUUAUGAUCUUCAUCUCAGAUGCCGAAGGGAUUAUGAAAUAGCUAUAACAGCCUGGAAUUCUACAGCAGAGACGCCACUGACUGGAUCACUAAACCACAGAAGGUUGUGGAGCGUUAGGACAUUAGGAGGUAAACCGUCAUCCCCGAUUAUAGACGGCAGAGGUGUUCAGUUGUCCGGUUGUGAUGUGAGCAUCAAAUGGAGUUCCCCACCAGAUAACGGCUGUCCGCUGACCUUGUACACAGUAUACUACAGAGAGGUGCAAUCUACAAGCGAAGAUGGCUACUGGCAUCAAAUCAAUGUUACCAGAUUUCCCCGGAACGUGUCACAAUUAUGGAAGAGCUAG